AUGUCGCUAGGCUAUGCAGAGAAGCUGUCUUACCGAGAGGAUGUGGGCACUGUGGGCAUGCCUGAGAAGUUCGACUCCCCCAAACUCCUCCAAGGGAAGAUAGAAGAGCUUGCAGUUAUGGUGCAAAAGAGUAAGCAUCUAGUGGUGUUUACCGGAGCAGGAAUAUCAACUUCAUCUGGCAUACCUGAUUUCCGAGGCCCAAAGGGUGUGUGGACUCUGCAGCGUGCAGGAAAAGGUGUUCCUGAUGCUUCACUCCCAUUUCACCGAGCUGCUCCAACCUUGACUCAUAUGGCAUUAGUUGAAUUGGAAAGAGCAGGUCUCCUAAAGUUUGUCAUAAGCCAGAAUGUUGACAGCCUACAUUUGCGUUCUGGCUUCCCAAGGGAGAAGCUGGCUGAAUUGCAUGGGAAUUCUUUCAAGGAGGUCUGCCCAUGCUGUAAAACGGAGUACCUUCGUGAUUUUGAAAUAGAGACAAUAGGACUGAAGGAUACUCCAAGGCGUUGUACAGACAAGAACUGUGGAGCUAGAUUAAAAGAUACAGUUCUUGAUUGGGAGGAUGCGUUACCCCCUGAGGAGAUGAAUUCUGCCGAGGAGCAGUGUCGAGCAGCUGAUCUUGUCCUAUGUCUAGGAACUAGCUUGCAGAUUACUCCUGCAUGUAAUAUGCCUCUGUUGUCAAUCAAGAAUGGGGGAAAGGUUGCUAUUGUUAAUCUUCAGGCAACUCCGAAAGACAAAAAGGCAAGCCUUGUCAUCCAUGGGCUUGUGGAUAAGGUCAUUGCUGGAGUGAUGUGCAUUCUGAGUCUGCGUAUUCCUCCAUAUAUACGUACUGACUUCAUUCAACUUCUUCUUCGGCACACAGUCAAAAGUAAAUGUGUAAGAUGGACAAUGCGAGUAACUAGCGUUCAUGGCAUGCGAGCACCAUUGUCAUUUCUUCGGUCAAUCGAGGUUUCCUUUCCAGACAGAUCUGACAUGAAGCCUGUAGUUCUUAUGGAGCAACCAUUUUCUUUGCAGAGGGAAACAUCAAUGACUAGCAUAUUUUCCAUGUUGCUGACAUUGAACUUCAGUGAUGGUUGUGGCUGCUCAAGCUCGUCAAUUGAAUGCCAUGUUAAUUUCCAGAAGCAAAAGGAGAGCUUUGUUAGGGAUAGAAUCCUAGUCCUGCAGGAGAUGAAGUGUACUGCAGAGCACCAGUCUCGUGCCGGGCAGCAAUCGAUUCUUGAAAGGGAGAGUCUGCCAAGAGCAGAGACAUCUAUACACGCGUUUGUGACCAACAUUAUCAGGUACGAAGCUGAAGAUCCCAAGGGUAGUUGGAUGAACAGCGGCAGCAGUACCAGCAGCAACCUUGCAAAACGGCUCGUGGAGGGCGCUAGUGGCUACUCAGCGUCGACAAAGAAGCUGAAGUGCUAG